UAUACUGUAGCUCUUUCCUUUUUAAAUGGACGUGUUACCAUAGAUAUCGUGACGCUGCACUAUUGAAGACGCGUUUCCCGGGAGACGGGGCGGUGGAGGCUGGAGGGGUUCAUACGGAGAAAACGGAGAUGGAGGCCUGUUGUGGGCCAUUAUGACGGCCCUGCCGAUGGAAACGGUCGUCUGAAUAAAAAGCCAACGUCUGCACAUCAGCCGAGAUCACCGAGGGUGAGACCGGGAAACCCGAGAGUGCGCAGCCAGAGGGAUUUCGGGGGUAUUGUCUUAACGUUCAGAAGUAACUGCUUAAACGAACAGGACGGCAAUGCUGUAGCUUUUUAGUGCAACAGGGAAGCAUUUACUUAGGUAUGUGCUUUUAUUCACUGAAUACCGUGCGGGCAGCGAGUGACACCCCGCAGUCCGGGCCAGCUCCGGCUCUGUGACAUUUCAUGCGUACAGUGUGAUCUUCAAAAACAAGGGGGAGCCCUUCCCCUUUCAGAUGUAGCCAGCAGGGUGGGUCAGGAUGAACUGAGAUUUAUUUUCCUUAGUGAGAACGGCGUGCAAUGGUGGGAUUGUAAAAAAAAAAAGCUACAGCGACGUAGGAUGGUGAAAGCCCGACACUCGGCCCUGUUCUCCUGCGGAUCCCGAGUCGGACUCCACAGCAAGGUGUCGUAAACCAUGCGCGAAGGCCGCUAAGAAGAGGAGCGGAGGAGGAGAAGCGGGGUGUUUCGGGGGUCAGGCCUUGAUGAGGAGCCGUGAGGUGUCGUGGGCCGGGAUGCGCUCCCACCCCCGUCCCCCGCCGUCCCGCUGUGCACCCUGAUGAUGAACAUCUGCAACAGGAACCCCAACCGCACAGCCCCAGAGAAGGAGGGGGGGCCGUCUUGCCCCGAGCUGCCCCAGUGCUCUCGCACCAAUGGCUGGAGCUGGCCCCCCCACCCCUUCCAGCUGCUGGCCUGGCUGCUCUACGUGUACUUCGCCGUCAUCGGCUUUGGCGUCUUCGUCCCUCUGCUGCCCUCUCACUGGAUCCCAGCGGGCUACAUCUGUACGGGUGUGAUGUUUGUUUGCCACCUGUGUGUCCAUCUGACUGCUGUCUCCAUUGACCCUGCCGACCGCAACGUUCGUGCCAAGAGCUACAGAGGUCCAGUGCCCGUGUUUGAUCGCAGCAAGCAUGCCCACGUCAUCGAGAACUGCCAUUGCUACCUCUGCGAGGUCGACGUGAGUCCGAAAUCCAAGCAUUGCAGUGCCUGUAACAAAUGUGUGGCCAGUUUUGAUCACCACUGUCGAUGGCUCAAUAACUGUGUGGGCAGCAGGAAUUACUGGCUCUUCCUUAACAGUGUAAUCUCGGCCCUCCUGGGGAUAUCGCUGGUUGUCCUUAUUGCCUUUUAUGUGUUUGUUGAGUUCUUCUUGGACCCUUCGCAGCUUCGCUCUGACAAACAUUUCCAAGUGCAGAACGAGUCCGUGGUGUGGUUCGUGUUUCUGCCCGUGGCUCCUGUGUCGACAGCAGGACCUGCCAUCCCUGCCCUGGCUGCCAUCACCAUUGCUGUGGGCCUGCUGUCCGUGGUCCUGCUGGGACACCUGCUUUGUUUUCAUAUCUACCUGAUGUGGAACAGGCUGAGUACAUACGAAUACAUUGUUCGUCAGCGUCAUCGGCAGGAGACUAGGGAUUUGGACAGAGAGCAAGUGGGACAGGACUCUGUGCCUCCAAAACUGCAGCCAAUCAAGGACAUUGUUUACUCAGGGACAUUGGGGUACACAAAUCCUGAGAUUGAAGUGGAAGACCCAGCCACCAUGGUAUCCACAGAAAAAGAGUUUUAUGGAAAUGGUGUUGUAAGGACCUUGGCCAGCAGGAAGGCUGAGGAGGACCUGCUUCCUACCAUCUCUGUGGAGCACCAGCAGCCCCCUUGUUCUCACAGACGCUCUCAGAAAAAGACAAGGAAGAAAGUGCACAGAGUCCCAGUAGAACUGGCCAGUGACAGAUCUGUGGAGAACAGUGCAGGAAGAGCCCCAGCCGGAUCUCCAUCGGAGCCCGAGCCCUGUGUUGGUGCCGCCACUGUGGUUACCCCCCUGAGCCAGCGACUCCCACUCCCAGCCUUUCCCCCGCGGGCUGCCCUGCCUCUGCUGGCCCCGGUGCAGGCAGCCGGCCCUCCUGCUGAGUAUCACUCUGACUCUGCAGAGUCUCUGGAGGAGAUUCCUGUAGCACAGGCAAGGCUGGGCAGCGCUGCCAUGGCUGGCUACAGCUCCCGUGGUGACCCUGGCGCCACCUCCACCCAGCAGACCUUGCAGCCCAGCAUCGGUUCCCACGCCAGGCUGCCCUCCCCACAGCCCAGCAGCAAGAGGAGGGAGCCAAGGAGGCCCCUUGCUCAGCAAAGAUUUGAGCUUUUGCCUCACACCCCCAGCGUCUUCAUGAGCAGGAGCAGCGGUCAGCCCGGGGUCCCCCCUGGCCCCGUGGAGGCCCCCACAUCCCAUGGGAAACGCAAACGGAACAGUAGGAAGGGCCCUGAGGGCCCUGGAGAUGCCUGCAACAGGACAGACGCAGCCCUGGCCCGAGGCAGCGCAGGCUGAGAUAGUGCAGGAGUAAGUGGGGCUGCAACAGCCAGCCCUCUGGGGGAUUCCUGCGCUAGGCUGGUGAUGUCACUGAAGUGCCAGGUCCAGUGAGACUGCCACAGCCUAUGCAGACAUGAGUUCAUUGUGCUGUUGUUAAUUGUGAAGAUGAGGAUCUGAACUUUGCUGUGGACUUCACUGACAGCUCUUCUUCUUUACUGAAGGACUGAACUGCAGCCACCUGCUGUGAUGAUCUGAGUGACUUUUGUCGUUAACUCUUUUCCUUUUGUUACCUCACACAGCAACAUUGUAUCAAGACAAUAUUUUUAAUAGCGUAUAUUUUAAUUAUAUAUUUUUAUUUUGUUGAUUUUUACCAGUUCAAUGCCAAAGGUUAUAUACUGUGCAAAGGCUUUUGAUAAAGGCACUACCCUGAUGUGUGUGUAAUAAUUCACACUUUAAUUGGUUGGGAAAGAUUAUGCCAUGCAAUACAAACUAUUGAAAAAUAUUACCUUAAACCUUAAUUUACUUUUCUAAUUGACUAUUUUACUCUUCUAGUGUAGCAACAUAUCUCCUUUAGUGUCUAUAACUUUUUUCCAGGGAGUGUUUUUUAAUAUUUAGCCUAUUUAGUUAGUCUUGUGCAACCGCGUCACAGUUCUGUGUGCUAUUCUGGACAGGUAAGGCAGGUCACUGCUGAUUCAACAGGUCUGUUUCAUUGACAGUUUAUGGAGUAUCCUUCUUUCACUACUUUGACAACUAUUGCACUGGAAGCUUCAAUUCAGUAUUUAAAAUGUUUGAGAAAACAUGCCCAUUUGUUUUUAGCACUUCCAUGUUAAUAUAUAUGUAUACUAGCUGAGAAAAUGUUCAGGGCUGAUAAUGCAAACAGAUGGAAUUAAUUUAAAAGAGUGGCAGGUGCCUCAUUCUUCUGUUUAGUCAAAACGUUUUCCACGUGGUUGCAGUGUCUGCAGGCUGCCUCUGUUCUUGUAACACAUUGCCCUCUGCCUGUCUCUUAGCACGCGUUCCUUUCUCACUCCAGGAAAGACAAAGGCUGUUUCCUGUCCUGAGAAGAGCUCUUCUAGAGUCCAGAUAGAGACAUGUUCUUAGAGACUGAACAUGGGUUAGAAAAGUUUGCUGUGCAAUGUAGUAAAACUUCUACCUCUCUUGUCCAGUUCACACAAACCCGUGUGCUCUGUAUUCUGACCUGAAAUUGAAAGUUAUCUGAGUGUUGCAGAUACAUGCAUGGUUCAACACCAUAGUGGAUUUUCAUUUUUGCUUGUUUUUCGAUAAGUCUAAUUUCAAGUGUGUGCUGCUGCCCAUGUGCACAAAGUCCCUAAAAGGCCAGAGUACUUUGUACUUUGUACUUUGUACUUUGUACUUUGUACUUUGUACUUUGUUCCAACGUAAGUUCUUAACUGCUUAGUUUCUUAAUUGGUCACAGAUUGUCUCACUUGGUUUCUAGUAGCAGCUGGAUGAACAACACAUAUAACACUUGAGUAAACCUGUGUUCCAGGUCAAGAUAUUAGGUGCCUUUAUAUAUAGUAGUUACAUAAUUUCUGAGGAUGUAUUUAACCACUGUAUACAAAGGUGUGGCGACAUAAAUGUUUGCUAUACUGUAGAUCCAAACAAAAGAAAAUCGAUUGUGAUUUAAUCCAAGUAGUUUCUUACUGCUGUAUAUUUGUAUUUCUACAAUAUUAAAAAGUAAAGCAAUAUUAAUGACAGAAAGACUAUGAAGAUUCAUGGAAUUGUUUAUUCCAGCAUAAGCAAAAUCCAAACCAGUAAAUAACAGUUGUCCAUAAAUAACCAGAAAUAUUAAUCUCAUCUUGUGGCGAAGGCCAUGGAGACUGCCUGAAGUCUGUGAAAGUAACAGGAUGUGUACAUUAUUUCAUUAAAGGUGUUUUCUUCCUUGUAGGAGCUGAAGGUAGAUCAGGGAAUGAUAUCUGUUAUUAACAUGAGUUGUUUUGUUUGGGUCCUUUUUGGCUCUGUGUUGCCCAGUUGUGCUGGCUGGCUGCAACAGAACUGCUUAGCAUCAUGGGAGCACAGUGCGUUGCCAUGGCAAAGAAACACCAGGACAUCAUAACAGCCUCAGGUCAGGAUGCAUGGAGGAUCUGCUGUUACAGACUCUUUGGAAGGUAUUUUAACAGCUAUCGAUAACCAAUGUGUUGAGAGUAUAUAACAAUCCAUAAAAUACCCAAAUGUGAAGUCAUUAACCACUGCUAGACACGUGUUGGGAAUCAUUUUAAUAUUCUGAAAUUGUGUUUUAUAUUGCUGUACUUUAACCUGAAUUUUGUAACUAAAGAUUUUUUUAUACAAAACAGCAGAAUAUUUGUAAUGUCUGGUACCCUGCUUUUACAGGAUCCGGAAACAAAGGAACCUUUUCUUUCCAAAGCAUUCAGCCUCCUUUAUGAAUAGGUCCAUUGUUUAAUGAUUUUAAACAUUAAAAUUUAAUGUCUUAGUAAGAUGUGAAGAAUGAAAUCAGAAAGCUUAAAAUAUGCUUUUUUGCCCCCUGGUGUAUGAAUAAAAUUUUAAAUCCUUACAAGGAAUAUGUGUGCAAAAGCAAACAUAUUCCAGAGAUGUGUGUGUCCUCUGUUGGCAAGACAACAGGAACACUAAGACAUUGUUCUUGGUUGGCUUUAAAAUGGAUAUUUCAUCAUCGAUAAUAUUUUAAAAAUUCUUAUCAAAACCACUACUUUUUGUUUUAUCUACCUAUUUGUACAGAUAUAAGCUAUUUAAAUGACUUAAAAUACUGUAGCAUAAAGGUUUUAAUUUUUUUUCUAUUGACGCAAGCAAGCAAGCCUGGAAGCUGUGGAGAUCUGAAGAGAGCUGUCUUGGAUUACUAUGUUUAUCAUGUUCUUAGUAAACAUUGGGUCAAUAGAAUUUCGGUGGUGUGUAGCUGGGCCUCUCUGCUCAUUCCCUAUAAUCUCCUGUCUGUCCAGUCGAGGACAUUGCGUUGUUCCUGUCUGCCCAGGCAGGCUGUGACCCUGACCUCUCUUCUUUGAGGCUCUAGGGAACUUCAGUACAAGUGACAUAUUUCGUAAUGUCAAAGACUUAAGUUUUAGGUUUCAGUUGUGUAAUUUACUUUAUACUAUAUUUGCACUAUGAAAUGUUAAUGUAAAUAUUUUUGUAUUUACAGUGUAAUCCUCACAAAAUGUUAACAACAAAAUAAAUUUGUAUUUGUAUGUUUGUUGCCUUUAGUCCUUCAUGACAUUAUCUCCAACUUUCCGAACAAAAAGCUUUAAUAUUACCAAUGCACUUCUUUAAGUGCUUGAACGGUUUAGCUAGAAUUACACCAGGCAAACUAUUUAUUCCCUGCUCGUGUGCACCUUGUUUUUGCUCUUUGGAAUUAUUUUUUUCAGUUGCUAAAAUGAGACUAUGAAGCUUAGAAGAUUGUGCUUUCUGUUGAGCUCCAAUCCUAUGGAGUGAUCUCCUAGCUCAUCUUGCAAGUCUGUCAGAGCUUUUAAAUCCCAUCUUAAAACUACUACUUUAAGGUCAUUUUGAUUCUGUUUAAUUUUAAAUUGCAUACUCAAGUUUCUUAUUGUCACUUUUAAUGUUGACUGUCCUCAGUUCUUGGCAUGUGAGAGUGUUAUCAAAAUAAACAUUGCUUUGUUCAUUCUGGUUUUGACGGCUGGCUUUUGACAUGAGGAUGACAAAGACUACAGGUGGCGGCUGUGAGAAAGAACUCAUUUAGUUUGAAUUUUUAACAAAACAAAACUACUUUUGCACAUGUUCCAUAAUGUGAAUGCCAGCCUAGACAUGGACAUAAAACUGAAGGUCAUUCAGGAAUAAAGAAAGAAAUCAUCCGUUGUCCCCAUGUGCUGCAGUGGAAGAGAUCCUGGUAAAUACAAGAAACAAUAUCCUGCUUUCGUGCAACAUUCUGUCACUGCUUUCAAACCACAGACAAGUAUGUGAAAUUGUUUUUUAUGAAAACUAUACUUUACACAUGCAUGUGGCAUACUUGCAGGAUUAAUCAAAAUCAAACCAGACUAUUCAGUGCAUGUUCUAUUAACUAGCAUGUUUUCUUAGAAACAGCAUUUGUCUGGAGAAACUGAUCAGUGCUAAUUGUUUUCAAGGAGCAGUUUCAUACAGUUGAAAAUCAUAAACAGAACUUCGAUUCUUUUUCCGAGCCUCAGAGAAUUAUUUAUCAUUACAAUAGAGUAUAAUUAUAAUUUUGAUGGAUCUAAACCUGCAGUCUGAGUUCUGCACCUCGUGUUGCCUGAAGGCAGGUACUGUAAAUGUUCCCUCUGUCCCAGGUGCUUGCUUCUUUUGCUUUGUGGUACAGAGGUAAAGCUGCUUACUCAACUAUACAAACACAGUGUGAAGAUCCCUUGCAGUCUCACAAUUGAGCACCUGCAAUUAAUCACAAAGGACAAAUAUUAAGAGGUGUGUGAAUAUUUCUGUACAUUCGGCACAGUAGCGCAUACAGGUGGCUCACAGUUGGUAUUCCCAGGUUUCAUUCUUUUACAAUAAGAUCACAACCUGGGAAUCUAUCCAAGUAAAAAAGUGUAUUGUUUUUUUUACUGAUGUUUUUUGGGUCUGUAUCAAUGCAAGCAAUCGGGAGCUGCUCAUACAAGCUGCGUCUUACCCUCAUACCUGAGCAGGAGUGGAGGCACAGACAGGAGUUAGGGUCCUGUGCAGCAGUAUAGUGUAGAUUAGCAUGUUUCUCUCUCCAGCCUUUACUGUGUGUUACACUUCUUGACUUACUGUGUAUGGACAUUUUUCUGAAAAGGAGUUGACUUUUUGAAUUAUGACUGUUGCCUGUUUGGUACAGUAUAUAUCUUAACUGUUCCCACUUCUGGUCAUUGUCACGUUGAAUUUUAUUUUAUUCACAAGGUUUUCUGUUGCUUGUGUCCCAAAAUAGUCUUGUCUAGUCUUUCUCUGUUAUUAAACAAACAAAAGCAAACGUCCUUCUUGUGCCUUUCAACAUUUUACUGUAUGUGGUAGAGUUAUUUCUGAAUGCUAUAGUAACCAGUCUUUGGGGAUUCACACAGGAUAGUUUUGCUUCUGUCUCUGGUUUUGAUAUCUCCUCUCCCUAAUCCAAUCUGUAUAAACAAGGCACAUCUUCAGUGAAAUGACUCUUACAUUGAUAGGCCAGGACAUUUCCCAUCAGAAAACAGAAAAAACUACAAUAUGAGAUUUUUCAGAUCUGAGAAUAAUCUGAGAAACAAAUCACUGCACUUGCACUGUCAUCGGGGAAGAGAGCGCUGUACAAAUCGUGAGUUUUGUUUCUUUGUUUUCCUGUCAGGAAAACAAUUUUUUUUUUACAGUGAGAGAAUUCAGGGACCGCUCAUUCACUAGCAGUCACUUGCUGCCUCAGAUUUGCGGCACUUUCUCUCUGAGGUGGACAAAGCUUAGGGCUGCGCUCCCCAAACACUGUCCUCAGGGUCCCCACCUUUGAAACUGUGAGCCCAUACCGAGAAAGUGCUGAAUGCCUCCUGUGGUUUGUAACAUUUGCAGAAUGUUCUGAUGGCUCUUGGCGGGCCAGAGCUUUGUCUGACUGUGGGGCUGGUUGUGAAUCCAAGCUAGGGUGUACUGUGGGCUUGGUAUGUGGGGUUCUCAGAGGGACAAGCUCCUAUCUCCCCACACAACUCUGUAAUCGCUCCUUAAACCAGCUGGUCUGAAAUGCCCAUUUGCGUAUUCCUAGUAGUCGGUCCAGAUUUUAAGAACAGUUCAUAAAAGCUAAGAAGACAGUAUUAAAUGGCAGUUUCAAUAUUAUUGCUGUAAAACACAUGUUGAAUGUGUCAAUUUCAAGUGCUGUUUGCCUUUCAAGUGCUUGCUGGAGAUCCCAGACUGGUUUGUCACCUAUAUGCUCUCACUGGUAAUAUGAUAUGAAGAGGUGUUUCGCCUUGCAGUGUUCGCUCUUCAGAAACGGCCGUCCAGGGUUGACAUGUUGAUAUGGCAAAAGGGCUCAUGUUUCGAGCCUAGUGAGUAUUUUAAGUGGCAACAGGAUGUUCACAGUUAAGAAUAAACAUAACUUUUGCAGGGACAGAACACUCAUGCCUGCACUGCAGUGCAGACCAUUGCCUGUGUCUCCAAACCUAUGAAACACUUGGUGGGUUUAUUUUCCAGGUGCUUUGAAUAAUGUGCAGUUGUAUCAUUACACAGCCUCACCUUCUCUGAAAGCAUGCUCAGGAAUUGGCAGUGGGUAAGAGAGGCAGCUCAGUCUCUUUGGAUGUUAUCAGUUUCUGUUCACAGAGCAGUUAUAACUACACGGUGAUCACAGUGGCCUUGCCUUAAAGAAUUCAAGGUUUUAUCACCCAGCCUGUGAAACACCUCAGGGCUAAAAUCAACAGCUCUGAACUGCCUCUGUGCUAGGUUAUUUUGGCCUAUUUUGUUUUACUCCAAGCAAACUGGCUGCCAAGGGCAGUGUGGACAUACCCUGGGACAACACACUGCGCGGGACACAAGAGAGGAGGGGAUCCUUUAUAAGAUCAGAUUUAUAAAAUCAGAUGUUUCUUCUGUACGUCAGCAACCAAUCAGCUGCACCUAUCACUGACUCACACUGAUGGUGUUUUUUCCUCAAACUGCUUGUCUGACUUUUUUUGAAGUUGCAUGUUAUUUUACUUGUGGUUGUUGCUGCUGCUGUUCUGUGUUUGAUUUUGGUGAUUCAUUUAAUGUCUUUGUAUUGGAGCGCACAUGCAAAUAAGUAUUGUACUUGUGCGUAUGACAAUAAACUUAACUGAACUUUCUACAGUUGUAUAUGCCAUGGCUCUUCCAGGUGAGCUCUCUGCACUAUGGCAGCAUAUGAAGAUUGACAAUCAACUUUUCUAGUAAAAGUAAAAAAAAAUGCCCUUAUUAUUUUUGACUGCCUGGCAGUUUCCAGAGACAGAAUUAAAAUUUAAUUUCCUCUCCUCUUCUCCCUAAAUAACAUUACCAACAAAAGAGAAAAGCCUCUGAAACAUAAAACUGAGAGCGCCUGGCAGAGAUGUGAGCUC